GAGCAGCGUUCGUCAGCCGGUCGCGGAGGUCUGAUCCGCCCUCAGUUUGCGCCCUAAAACCGUCACGUCAGGCGUCCCUGCGCAGCCCUGCGGCCGCUCCGGUGCAGGAUCAUCCCGCUGUGCCUCCUUUCAGCACUCAGGAAGUCCGGUUUGAUGUCGGCGCCGGUCCUCUCUCCAUGGCCGUAUGGACCCGUCAGUCUGGUCUGUGGACUCCUCCUGCUGGCCUCCUCACCGCUCCUCACUGCAGGCAAAAUGAGCAACUGCACUCACCCACUGGUGCCAGAACACGGAGGUUUCCGCUGCGAUCCAUCUCCAUGCCAAGGAUUCCCUCAGAAGACCACCAUCCGUCUCUUCUGUGAGUCGGGAUACCAGCUGAGGACACCGUCGUUCUCCAGGUGCCGCCACGGGAAGUGGCAGCCUCCCAUAUCUGCCUGUGUCCCCAUCAAAGGAAAUCCUAUCCCAAAAUCCGAUGAUUCGAUGCCCAGCAUGGCUACGACCGCAGUGGGUGUGUCCAUCUUCCUGCUCACCACCACCGCCUGCCUGGUCCUCAAGUCCCGCCUCUACCCCUGUCAAUCACACAGCCGCCGCUCCUCGGACCAGCUGGACCUGAUGGUGGACGGGCUUCCCAUCUCCCUCCCCUCCUAUGAGGAGGCGGUGUACGGCAGCUGGGGGCAGCGCAUCCCCACCUGCUCGGCCCCCGGACCCACGCAGCUCCUCUUGGCUCAGGAGGCCCCCGGCUGUCAGCAGUCCUCUCCCGGCAGCCAGUCGGACGGCAGCCAUCGUCCCCUCCUGUCGGGCCGAAGCCCCGACAACCCUCCGCCGCCUUACGAAGCGGUCCAGUCUCCGGAUCCCAGAGACAGGAUGAAUGACGGGGACGUCCGGCAGCUGCACGUUGCACUUUCAGAUGAUAAGGACACUUGAUGGAGACGCUCACAUGUCACUGAAGCAGUUUGUGACUCUGCCAGCUCAAACAGAAAGCAGGAGGUGGCCGACUCCUGACCUGCCUGCACUUUUCCUGGUGGGCGUACCAGCAUCAGGACCAGCCACAUGCUCUUUUAGACGAUAAGCUCUGAUUGGACAGUUUAUGGGUCACAAAGACCCCUGAAGAGGACUAAAGUGCAUUUAUAAAUGAAAUGUUGAUUUCAUAGUGUGUAGUGUGAAUGUAUGUGGCACAGGGAGGGGUUUAAUGCACAGAGGUGUGUGUGUGUGUGUGUGUGUGUUUUCAGUGUGGUUCUGGAGACGUCCUCUACCUUCUCCCCUCAGUGAUGGGGCUCAUCGAGGCUUCGUUUGUGAAGUCAGUGGCGUGUUGUCUCUUUUCUCUUUUGCACAGCGUUUCUGUUCGAGUCCAGACGGGCGGAGCUGCACGGGGUGCUGCUCCGAAGCAGGGACCCCCGGGGAGGGGGGGCGGAUGCUGAUUUUUAUUUUUGAAUAAAAUGUUGAUGUGCAGCAGAUAUUUAGGGAAAAUGCUUGGAAACCAAAUGCUCUGUUCCUCCUGUGUUCACUCAGCGCUGAAAAUAUUUAAUAUUUAAUCACUUUGAAUCCUCAGUUAAAAGAAUAUAUUGAUUUUCUGAUUGAGUAGAUUUAUGUAGACACUUUUUUUUAUUUCCAUUUAAAAAGAUUUUCGGUGCAAACCUCUGAGCGAACCUCGCCGGGUUCCUCGAGUGACUGACGCCUUCUGACCUUGAAUGUAUUUCAUGUUUUUAUUUGUGCCUGCAGAUCUAAACUAAUAUAUGAAUUGUAAUAUAUACAAAAAUGAUUAUUUCUAUAUUGUAUUAUUGCACAGAGUUAUAUGAU